CCCGCCCCGGCGCGCGCCCUGCCUCGUGCCCACCCCGGGGUGGCUGCUGCGUCCUACGCUGUCUCUUCCACAGCUUGCCUUCCUCCGAGCCAGAGCCCGGGCCGGAGCCUGAGCGGCAGCCGGCCCGAGGAGGGGCUCCAGAGCCUCGGCGGCGGGCGGGCGAUGCUGCAGCUGCCUGAUCAACCAUGGAGGCCGAAGCAGGCGGCCUGGAGGAGCUGACGGACGAGGAGAUGGCGGCGCUGGGUAAGGAGGAGCUGGUGCGGCGCCUGCGGCGGGAGGAGGCGGCGCGCCUGGCAGCGUUGGUGCAGCGCGGCCGCCUGAUGCAGGAGGUGAAUCGGCAGCUGCAGGGUCACCUGGGCGAGAUCCGUGAGCUCAAACAGCUCAACCGGCGCCUGCAGGCGGAGAACCGGGAGCUGCGCGAUCUCUGCUGCUUCCUGGACUCGGAGCGCCAGCGGGGACGUCGUGCCGCGCGCCAGUGGCAGCUCUUCGGGACCCAAGCAUCCCGGGCGGUGCGCGAGGACCUGGGUGGAUGUUGGCAGAAGCUAGCCGAGCUGGAAGGCCGCCAGGAGGAGCUGCUGCGGGAAAACCUGGCGCUUAAGGAGCUUUGCCUGGCACUGGGCGAAGAGUGGGGCCCCCGGGGUGGCCCUGGUGGCGCAGUGGGCUCCGGCGCCGGGCCCACACCCGAGCUCGCCCUGCCCCCGUGCGGACCCCGUGACUUAGGCGAUGGAAGUUCCAGCACUGGCAGUGUGGGCAGCCCAGAUCAGUUGCCUCUAGCCUGCUCCCCCGAUGACUGAGGGCGCCGCAUUUUCCACGCCAACGCCUGCCCGAGUUGCUCCGUGAGCGCGGAGACUGCUGUGGACCUCUAGACCUGGUCGCUGCUUCAGCUGAGCACCAGGGCGCUGUCAUGGACUGAAAAAGCCCUGGCACUGAGGAAGGCCCCUUGCUCUUGCUGGCAGAGCAGUAGGGGAUGGAGGCUGAAGUGGAGGGACUUGCUGGGUGGUUGGGUGGGGACUAAUAAACUGGAAGGAAGCAGAGCCCGAA